UAUUUGAUCAUUCGACGACUUGGCGAUUAGGGGAUAUGCAUGCGUCUCAUAUGCAUGCGUCUCCAAAAAAAAGUUGUUGUAAAAAGCCCCUUAGAAGAAAGAUAAAGGAAAAUGUCAGCCAUAUAUUCUAUGAUAAGUUCUAUUACACGGAAAAACAUUAUAUCACAGGAAAGCAAAAAAAAAUUUUCACUUUCAAGUGUUACUAGAAUUAAAGAAAUUAUUGAAACGAAGGAAGAAAAAGUUCUCACCAUCGAGGGUAAAAUUUCACACACUGAUAGUACUAAUUUAUUUCUGAAAAAUGAUGAAAAUAAAGCCUGUUCUAUUUGUUCGACUGGUUUGGAAGUGAAGCAUACAGAUGUCUUAAUAAUAAGUCAGUUUGUACGAUCAGAUGGUUGUAUGCUGCCACAGAGAAUUACUGGUUUAUGUAAAGUUCAGCAGGUUAGAAUGAGCAAAAUGGUUGCCAUGGCACAUAAAGCAGGUUUAUUGCCUAAUUUAAAACCAAGGAGUGACCUUAAAAGAGAACCAUAUCAGAGGAAAAAGUGGAAACAAUUUAAUACAUAUUUCGACGAAAAAACCAUCAAAACUAAGUAUAGAAUAUAACAAGAGUUUUAAUUGAAUUUUGUAAAAUUAAAUGUAAUACUUUAAAAAAUAAAGUUUUUUUUAUAAAUCAUAAA